CUCAUGAAUCCAAACUGACUUGAAACACAACAUUGUUUAGGGUUUUUGUUCCUCUCUCUUUGGUCCCUUACCCACUUCUCCAUGAUCCAAACUCAACAACACUGAACACGACAACCUCAAUUCCUCCGAACUUGAGACUAAAACCCCAUCAUGGGUAUUUCGUUUAAGGUCUCAAAGACCGGUACCAGGUUCCGACCCAAGCCUCCUCUUCCCUCCGACACCAACAUUGUCGCCGACGAUGACGUGUCCGAGAACAAUGCCUCCUACAAUUCCGGGAAGCUUCAGGUUGAAAGAAAGGAGAAUGUGGCUGGGGUGUCUGGAUCUUCAAUUUCCUCUGAAGGGCUCCCCGUACCUGCAGAGACAGAGGCUUCCUUCACGUUAAAUCUCUUCCCAGAUGGAUAUUCGAUUGGAAAACCCUCUGAGAAUGAGAAUGCUCAUCAGGAUGUUCCAAAGUUGCUGCACCCAUAUGAUAGGACGUCUGAAACUCUCUUCUCGGCAAUUGAAUCUGGUUGGUUGCCUGGAGAUAUCUUGGAUGAUAUACCUUGCAAGUACAUUGAUGGAACACUUGUUUGUGAGGUUCGAGAUUAUCGUAAAUGUGCUUUUGAUCAAGGGCCCGCCAGUCCACCCACUGAUGGAUCCGUUAUUGUAAAUAAAGUCCGCCUCAGAAUGUCACUGGAAAACGUAGUGAAGGAUAUCCCGCUGAUCUCGGAUAAUUCUUGGAGUUAUGGUGAUCUGAUGGAAGUAGAGUCCCGCAUACUGAAAGCUCUACAACCAAAACUUCAUCUGGAUCCUACUCCAAAGUUGGAUAGGCUAUGUAAGGAUCCAGUUCCCACAAAGCUUGAUUUGGCUUUGACAAGUAUAAGAAGAAAGAGAUUAAGGCAGAUGCCAGAAGUCGUUGUUACAUCUAACAGCAAGACACAUGGGAAGAAAGUUUGCAUUGAUAGAGUUCCAGAAAGUUCGAAUAGUAGGUUGGCAGAUUCAGGAAUCCUUUCAGGCAAUAUGAUGCCACACCAUGGCCAUGAAAAUUUGAUCAAUCAAAAUCUGAGUGUGAAUAACAUCGCCUUAAGAUCUAAAAAUUUUAUGCCCGACGUUUCUGUUCAAGGAGCACACCCAUCAAGGUAUCAGAUGGGGGUUGGCACUCCCAGAAGUAUGCAGGACCAUGGAUCAGGACCUGUUGUCAAUGCAUCAGCUUCUCCUGUUGGACAGGAGAUGAUGAUCUCAUACGCUGACAACAUUACCUCCAAUGCCUCUCAUCCUGGUAAGAGGGAGCAUCAAGAUGGGCAAAUCUCACCUUUAUCUUUCAAUAAGAGACAGCGGUCCACAGGAGUCGGCCUUGAUGCAGUGCAACACCAGCAAAUAGGGCCUAUAGACAGCUUCAAUGGAUCAGACAUGAACUGGAAAAAUACAUUAUUGCAGCAUUCAAUGGGCAAAGGUAUGCAAUAUCCAAGUGCUGGAACUCAGAAAUUUCCGUCCCAGGUGUUUGAAGGGGCACUGAAUCAAGAUAGUGGGACUAUGCCGUUUGCUAUAGGACAGCCAAACAUGAGAUAUGGUGCCAAGGAAGAGCAGUUUGAGACAGGAAAAGUAGACGGGACAGAGGUCAGUGGGAUAAAAAAUGACAUGCAGAUGGUGGAAGGAGAAACAAGUCAUCUUGACCCACAGCUAUCACGAUUUCCACUAAGAGUACCACAGCAUUCAUUCAUGAGAUCUAAUUAUCCUCAGACAUCCUGGAAUAACUUUGGUCAAAAUAUUGAGAAAGAUGCAAGAAAGGAUGACCAAAUCUCCAAAAGAAAAUCAGUACAAAGUCCCCGGUUAUCUGGUGGGGCUACGGUUCAGUCCCCACUAUCAUCAAAAUCUGCAGAGUUUUCUACUGGUUCUGUAGGACCCCACUUUGGAAUAGCAGCUUCUUCUGCCUUUGGAGCAUCACAGAAGGAAAAGGCAGCAAUCAGCUCAGCUGGUAUCGGAACGGCAUCUUUGACUUCCAGUGGCAAUGAUUCGAUGCACAGGCAACACCAGGCUCAUGUUGCUGCAAAACGGAAAUCCAAUUCCCUCCCUAAAACUUCAGCAAUGAGUGGUGUUGGAUCUCCUGCCAGUGUUAGUAAUAUAAGUAUGCCAUUAAAUGCGAAUAGUCCCUCUGUUGGAACUCCAUCUUCGGGUGAUGAAAGCAUGCUUGAAAGAUUGUCAAAAAUUGCACAAGUGACUGUGAGGUAUCAACUGAACGGGAAAAAGAAUAAGGUUGACAACUACUCCAGGAAGCCAAAAGAAUAUCCAGAUAAACAUCUUAUGGCUUGUCUCUCAAAUGUUUUGAAUAAUGAGGAUUUUAAAGAUGAUUCAUGUGUGAGCCCGUUGUCGAAGUCACUUGUCGGUGGCAGCAUGAAUAUCUGCAAGACCAGAAUUUUAAACUUUGAGCAAGUUCAAGGAGCUGGGUUUUCGUAUGUUCCUAAGGCACAAACGAGGAUGAUCAUGUCAGAGAAGCCAAAUGAUGGUACUGUAGUAAUGUUUCAUGGAGAACUACAGGACAGUGAAUUUCUGUCUGCUGAGGAUUAUCUUCCUACGUUGCCAAAUACUCAUUUAGCUGAUUUGCUUGCAGCACAGUUCUGUUCACUGAUGGUACGUGAUGGAUAUAAUCUUGUGGAAGAUCAUGUCCAACCAAAGCCGACCCGCGUUUAUCCUCCCGCAGGCAAUAAUGGUGCCGGUUUGACACGUAAUAAUUCUGCAAUUGAAAUGCAACAAUAUGCAGACGCAGUUUCAGGUCAACCUUCUAAUGAUGUUAAGCCGAUGAUUGUUGGUAAUGCUUCCCUUAAUUCAUCCCAAAAUCUUCUACCCAGCACAAGGAUGCUGCCACCCGGAAACAGCACAAGGAUGCUGCCACCCGGAAACUCCCAGGCCUUACAGAUGUCUCAAGGGAUUUUGUCUGGAACUUCCGUGCCACCCCGUCCACAACAGCUGGAUUCGCCAUCAUUACUUCAGCAGCAACAGCAGCAGCAUCAACAGCAUCAACACCAACAGCAUCAGCAUUUGCAACAACAGCAACCUCAGCAUAACCAACACUCGUUGAUUCAGCAACAACAUCCCCAGCUCCAGAGAUCGAUGAUGCUUGCAGCUGGAAAUCCACUUUCACAAUUGAAUGCAAUUGGGCAGACUUCCAACGUACAGUUAGGUAACAUGGUAAAUAAGCUCCCAUUGCAAUUUCAGAUUUACCAGCAGCAGCAACAACAGCAGCAGCAACAACAGCAGCAGCAACAACAGCAGCAACAGCAACAGCAACAACAGCAACAGCAGCCGCAAAUGCAGAGGAAAAUGAUGAUGGGACUAAAUGCAAAUAUGGGUAUGGGAACUCUGGGAAAUAAUAUGGUCGGGCUUUCUGGGCUUGGCAAUGCCAUGGGAAUGGGAGCUGCAAGAGGGAUAGCAGGAGCUGGAUUGUCAGCACCGAUGACCCCUAUCUCUGGAAUGGCAAACGUGGGUCAGAACUCAAUGGCAUUAAACCAGCAUAAAAUGCUACAAGCGCAAGCUCUCAUGGCAUCGAAACUUCGGUUGCAAAAUCGAGGCAACAUGUUAGGGGUCCCUCAAUCAAACAUAGCUGGUAUGCCAGGAGCCAGACAGAUGCAUCCAGGAUCUUCUGGUCUGUCGAUGCUGGGUCAGACUCUGAAUCGAACUAACAUGAGUCCUAUGCAACAAACAGCGAUGGCGCCCAUGGGUCCACCAAAGUUGAUGGCAGGGAUGAACAUGUACAUGAACUCACAGCAACAGCAACAACAACAGCAGCAGCAGCAACAGCAGCAGCAGCAGCAGCAACAGCAGCAGCAGCAGCAGCAACAGCAGCAGCAGCAGCAGCAGCAGCAGCAGCAACACCAGCAUCAGCAACAGCAACAGCAGCAGCAGCAGCAAUUGCAAAUGCAAAUGCAACAGCAACAAUUGCAGCAGCUGCAACAACAACAACAGCAAUUGCAGCAGCCUCUGCAGCAAGAAACAAAUUCACCGCUACAGGCGGUUCUUUCGCCACCGCAGGUGAGUCCCCCCUCAACUAUGGGAAUUCCACAACUGAACCAGCAAAUUCAGCAGCAGGCUAGCCCGCAGCAAGUGAGCCAAAGAACUCCAAUGAGUCCGCAGCUGAGCUCAGGGACGAUGCAUGCCAUGAGUGCCGGUAAUCCAGAGGCUUGUCCUGCAAGCCCACAGCUGAGCUCUCAAACGCAUGGCUCCGUUGGUAGCAUUGCAAAUUCUCCUAUGGAUCUUCAAGCUGCAAACAAUUCUACCGGUAUUCCAUAGUGCAAACAAUUCUACCGGUAUUCCAUAGUGCAAACAAUUCAACCAUUUUAUUCUGGAACGCUGCUUCCUAUAGAGUUCCUCUCUAUUCCAAAGAGAAGUUGUUUUUUCAGACAAUUCCUUUUGGAUGCCAGCAUGAUCAAAUGGGUCCCUGUUCUGAGCCUCAUCCAACUCGAGUAGAGAUUCUCUUAAUUCCAGUUUAUUGCUCAAAGGAAACCGACUCUUACUCCACCUCUUGAGUUUAGCUCGACACUUGUCCAAGGAGCAGUUCCAGUUUGCAAUAAGAGUCUUAUUAGAACAUGGGGCCGAGCAUUCCUUAAUAACUUAUUUAAGGUCCGGUUCCAAAG